AAUCGUGUGUCGCGCCUCCAGGUGCAUCAUCCUCUAUCGCAACAUGGCCGCCUGCAUGAGAAUGUUGGGCUCUUACAGACAGUUGCACAAGAACUCCCUUCUCCUCAACUGGCCGAACAUGUACCGAACUUUUAACACUGUCUCCAAACUGAGACAUUCAACAUCAACGUACCGACGGGUUGACAGAAGUAGUUGUGCUAUGUCGGGAACCGCGAAGAGGACGUUACUCAACGAUUGCGUCGGUAACAUUCGGUUCAACAUGUCAAUGACGGGACCGGGCCGUCGGGUUCGUGUUUGUGCUGCUUUUAGUGGGGGGGAGGGCGUCUUGCCCCGUGGAUAUCCACACAUCAUCCCCAACAGGGCUUAUGGGAGCCGGGGCAGUGGGUCAGCCUUCUCCGGAGACAAUGGCGGAGAGAGCUCUGGGUCUGGUGGAGAGGAAUCCGGGGGAGAUGGGAGCAUGCCCUACAAUGAGCCACAAAUGACAGCUCUCACACCGAUGAUGGUGCCGGAUGUGUUUCCUAAUGUUCCCCUGAUCGCUGUCAGCAGGAAUCCUGUGUUUCCUCGAUUCAUCAAAAUCAUCGAGGUGAAGAACACUGCGUUGAUGGAGCUGUUGAAGAGGAAAGUUCGACUUGCUCAGCCAUAUGUUGGAGUCUUUCUAAAGAGAGACGAUAAUAAUCAAUCAGAUGUGGUGACUUCUCUGGAUGCUAUAUACUCAACUGGGACAUUUGUUCAGAUACAUGAGAUGCAGGAUCUGGGCGACAAAUUGAGAAUGAUUGUUAUGGGACAUCGCAGGAUCCGUAUCACAAAAGAGCUAGACGUGGAGCCCGACGAGCCUGUCGCAUCAUUUCCAUCAUCCGAGUCGGAUGCAGACAGUGAAUCAGCGCCCAAAACCAUGCUGAAACGCAAACCAAAACGGAGUCGCAAGGACCCCGCUGGAGCCGCUGCAGAACAUCUGGAGGCUAAGAUCUCUGAUACAGACAUGACCCCCGUUGUAGAGGCUGUGCCCUCGUUGGACAUUCUCAUGGUGGAGGUGGAGAACAUUAAUCACGACCAGUUCACUGUCACAGAGGAGGUCAAGGCAUUGACAGCCGAAAUUGUGAAGACCAUCCGUGACAUUAUUGCUCUAAACCCUCUGUAUAGGGAGUCAGUCCUCCAGAUGAUGCAAGCAGGCCAGAGAGUGGUUGAUAACCCUAUCUACCUCAGUGACAUGGGUGCCGCGCUGACCGGGGCGGAGUCGAGCGAACUGCAGGAUAUUCUGGAGGAGACUAAUAUCCCUAAGCGGUUGUACAAGGCUCUGUCUCUGCUGAAGAAGGAAUACGAGCUCAGUAAACUGCAGCAGCGACUGGGGAGAGAGGUAGAAGAGAAGAUCAAACAAACCCACAGGAAAUAUCUGUUACAGGAGCAGCUCAAGAUUAUUAAGAAGGAGCUUGGUUUAGAGAAGGAGGAUAAAGAUGCCAUCGAGGAGAAGUUCAGGGAGAGACUUAAAGACAGAGUAGUCCCUCCACACAUCAUGGUUGUCAUUGACGAAGAACUCAAUAAACUCGGACUUUUGGACAACCACUCUUCAGAGUUCAAUGUGACCCGUAACUAUCUGGACUGGCUGACCAACAUGCCCUGGGGAACCAACAGCGAGGAGAAUCUAGCACUCGAUCGGGCUAAUGAGGUUCUGGAAGAGGACCACUACGGGAUGGAUGAUGUCAAAAAACGCAUUUUGGAGUUCAUAGCGGUCAGCCAGCUCCGGGGAACUACCCAGGGAAAGAUAUUAUGCUUCUACGGCCCUCCAGGAGUAGGGAAGACCUCCAUCGCUCGCUCCAUUGCUCGAGCCCUCAACAGAGAGUACUUCCGGUUCAGUGUUGGCGGCAUGACUGACGUUGCUGAGAUUAAGGGCCACAGACGGACGUAUGUUGGAGCGAUGCCAGGAAAGAUCAUCCAGUGCCUUAAGAAAACCAAGACUGAAAACCCACUGGUGCUUAUAGACGAGGUAGAUAAGAUGGGGAGGGGCUACCAAGGGGACCCAUCCUCAGCCUUGCUAGAGCUUCUGGACCCUGAGCAGAAUGCAAACUUCCUUGACCAUUAUCUGGAUGUUCCUGUGGACCUGUCAAAGGUGCUGUUCAUCUGCACAGCAAACAUCCUCGACACCAUUCCAGAGCCUCUCAGAGACAGGAUGGAGAUGAUCAACGUGUCCGGAUAUGUGGCCGAAGAGAAAUUGGCUAUUGCUGAGCGUUACCUGGUCCCCCAGCUGCGUGCUCUUACCGGCUUGACUCAGGAGAGCGGCGCCAUAUCGCCAGAGGCACUGAGUCUUCUGAUCAAACAGUACUGCAGAGAGUCUGGUGUGAGGAACCUGCAGAAGCAAGUGGAGAAGGUGUUCCGCAAGGUAGCCUUCCAGAUCGUGAGUGGUAAAGACCACGCCGUCACAAUCACGCCUGACAACCUGCACGACUAUGUCGGCAAACCCCUGUUCACCGUCGACCGGAUGUAUGACGUCACGCCCCCUGGCGUGGUCAUGGGACUGGCCUGGACCGCCAUGGGUGGUUCAACGUUAUUUAUUGAGACGUCGUUGCGACGUCCUCGUGAGCCGGUGCUGAAAGAAGGGGAGGGCUCUCUGGAGCUCACAGGGCAGCUCGGCGACGUGAUGAAGGAAAGUGCUAAGAUUGCAUCAACCUUUGCCAGAUCCUUCCUCAUGACCCAGGAUCCCCAGAACAGCUUCCUGGUCAACUCUCAUCUGCACAUGCAUGUUCCUGAGGGUGCCACCCCUAAAGAUGGACCAAGUGCUGGUUGCACUAUUGUCACAGCAUUGUUGUCACUAGCAACCAACCAAUCAGUGCGCCAGAACGUAGCGAUGACUGGAGAAUUGUCCCUGACAGGGAAGAUUCUGCCAGUAGGGGGAAUUAAGGAGAAGACUAUUGCUGCUCGUCGUGCAGGCGUGACAUGUAUGAUCCUACCAGCAGAGAACCAGAAGGACUUCUCAGACCUUCCUCAAUAUAUUACACAAGGCCUGGAAGUCCACUUUGUCGACCACUAUUCCAAGAUCUACCCCAUUGUGUUUCCAGAGGCAUAGCGUUACCCUGUCAUUCAAGAAAGGACCACACACUGCAAUGUCUCCCAAUUGUUUAAUAUUUGAAGGACUCCGUUAUCAACACAAGGGUGCAGGCCGUAUCCUGGACACUUAUUACCUGUCCUUAUGAGACACACCCUUUGACAUGGACUAAGCGACUUAAGCCAGAUGAAUGGAUGCUAAUUGGUCAACAAUUAAUUCAAAUAAUGCGUCAACACAUUAUUCAUUUAUAGUUUAAUAUAAGAUGUUUUUUUUAUAAAUAUACAUUAAAGUGAAAUGUAAUCUGAA